CGACCCGAAGAUGGCCCGGGACGCAGGCGUCGUCUACCUGCUGAUCGUGAUCGCGCACCUGUGCUCGUGCGCGCGUUACGACAGUUAUGAUUACAAUCAUUACGUCGAAUAUAGCCUCGAGAACGAAAAGAUAUGCCAUGUCCUGAACAAGAAGCACAUGCUUGACAUGCAACACGGCGCCGCGGCGAUCGUCAUGCCGCACCACAUGUUCGAUCACUGGGUCGUCAAGGCCAAUCGCAAUUGUACGUUCGUCUUCCGGACUGGCAAAAACGAGGGCCUCUUCGCGGUUAUUCAGAAGAUGUUUCUCCGUCGUGACGGCGAUCGGUGUGUUGAUUACAUACGGUUCAAGAGGAGCGAUGGUUUUUACACAAACAAGUUCUGUGGAGAGAUAGAUCGCAGCCAGACAACAUACCUUCCGGUUCCUGAGCCUGAGGACAAUUUGGGUAACAUAAAUGAUAGCCGGUCACCUAAUUAUGACAUAUACGCGGAAUAUGAUCCUGUUAAAAAAUCGAAACUGUGGUCUAUUCGAUCGGACUCUGCUACGAUAGAAACCGAAAUAUUCAUUUCCAAGGAAAGAGUACCAGAUGGACAGUCCUUGGACCUUACGAUAGUUUAUACCCCAUACAUGAAAUGCGAUCAGGCAAAUUCCGAGCACUACCAGGCGGUCGGAUAUAACAAUUGUAUUCGGAAGGAGUACAUAUGUGACAAGGUCUACAAUUGUCCUUUUAGUAUAUGCUCGGAUGAGGUGAAUUGCGUCAAUGAUCGAUAUCCCAAGAACAAUACUGCCACAAAAGUCACUGUAGGAGCAGUCACCACCAUGAUCCUCUGCUUUAUUAUCUUCAUUUUGUGUCUAUGGAUCUGUAAGAAAUCACAAAAAUUGUGCUGGUCAUCGGAUUGCGCCGGUCCGAACGUAUGCUCGCGGCCGGUUUCCUUGCCGGACGCGGACGGAGCUCAGGGAUCCAAUCGCGCAGUGCCAACGGCUCCCAUGUUGGAGGUCGCGAUGUCCUCGCCUGUCGUGGACAAAGAUCUACCACCCAGUUACGACUCGUUGUUCCCCGAACAAAGCAAUCCUGCCAGAUCCCUUAUUGAAUUAUGACGUCACAAAUGGAAAAUCAAUAGUUCAUAUUUUUGUUGCAUAUAGAGAUAAUUAGAUUUUUCGUAUGCCUUUAUUAAUGUUCAAUAACGUAUUGUAAGAAAAUUCAUAUAACAAUUCCCACUUCUGACAUAACGUAUGAUUGCAGUAGGAAAAUGGGAAUCUUGAAUUGUAUAUUUCUACGUUUUGUAUUAUUUUUAAAUAAAUAUUGAAGAAAUAAUACUACAUGAAUUUUCAUUGAAAACUACAACGAAGAAAGAGGCCUCAAAAUAACUUUUUAGUAGUUGAUGGAAUAUUACAAACUUUCUGUCAAAAUCAAAAUAAUGGUAUAAUAUUUUUUAACUAUGUUAAUUAAAUUUAAAAUUACAUGUCUCAUCAACUUCACAUCCGUAUUAAUUUCUUGUAUUAAGUUAUGAUCUUGUAUUAAGUACGAUAAUGUUUGAUAUAGCAAUAAUACAUAUCUCGAAAAAGAACAAAUUUGAUGGGAUCUGUUGUGUUCAUAGACAUUCGCGACGAGUUGUAUGUGAAUUUACUGUAUUGUAGCAUAUUUUAAUAAUGCUACAUCUUACUUGAAUAUACGCGAUUAU